AAGUCGUUUACUUACAUUCAGUCCAUUUUUAACGUUCAAGAACGGAACAUCAUCCGGGAAAAUUUACAAAGUCAUGAAAAACGACAUCACAAUUUUCUUUUUUGUUUCGGUGAUUUCGUCAACUGCCUUGGCUCUCAAACUAACUUGUCGUUACAAAACAGAAACAGAUUGGUGGACAAAAAAAGAUGUAUACUUUUGCGACUUAAAGUAUGGUGUUGAGACACUCAAACCUCAAGAUGUGAUAACAGCGGUGAAUGGUUAUCAUUUGGAAGAUAAAUCCAACGCUGACGUUGUUGGUUUUCGUGCGAACAAGAAACCACUUGCAUAUUUCCCGAAAGGUUUGCGUAACUAUUUUGAUGCGGAAAAAAUUGAAUUUAUUGCCGUUUGGGAAACCGGAUUAAAGGAAAUUCAUCAAAGUGAUUUGUCGCCGUUUACGAAAUUGAGAAUUCUGAGCUUGUGGGUAAAUGAUGUUGAGGUAAUUGAACGUGACCUGCUCAAGUUCAAUCCACAUCUAGAAUACAUUGGGUUGGGAAAGAAUAAAAUCAAGUUUGUCGAUGGUAACGUUUUCGGUCAUUUAAAUGCGCUGCACUCAUUGUAUAUCGACGACAACAAGUGUAUUUCGACUCAAGUAACAGAUAAUAGAGAGGCAGUUGUAGAUCUGUUACAAGAAAUUCAAGAAAAAUGUUCGGGUUCGAAUGGCAGAGCACCUGGAGCUGAUUCUAAUUUUGAACUCACUUGCCGUUACGAAACAGAAACAGAUUGGUGGGCCAUAAACAACGUGUACUUUUGCGAUUUGCAGUAUGGUGUUCAGACUCUCAAACUCAAAGACGUGAUAACAGCAGUCAAUGGUUAUCAUUUGGAUGAUAAAUGCAACGCUGAUGUUGUUGGUUUUCGUGCGAACAAGAAACCACUUGCAUAUUUCCCGAAAGGUUUGCGUAACUAUUUUGAUGCGGAAAAAAUUGAAUUUAUUGCCGUUUGGGAAACCGGAUUAAAGGAAAUUCAUCAAAGUGAUUUGUCGCCGUUUACGAAAUUGAGAAUUCUGAGCUUGUGGGUAAAUGAUGUUGAGGUAAUUGAACGUGACCUGCUCAAGUUCAAUCCACAUCUAGAAUACAUUGGGUUGGGAAAGAAUAAAAUCAAGUUUGUCGAUGGUAACGUUUUCGGUCAUUUAAAUGCGCUGCACUCAUUGUAUAUCGACGACAACAAGUGUAUUUCGACUCAAGUAACAGAUAAUAGAGAGGCAGUUGUAGAUCUGUUACAAGAAAUUCAAGAAAAAUGUUCGGGUUCGAAUGGCGGAGCACCUGGAGCUGAUUCUAAUUUUGAACUCACUUGCCGUUACGAAACAGAAACAGAUUGGUGGGCCAUAAACAAAGUGUACUUUUGCGAUUUGCAGUAUGGUGUUGAAACUCUCAAACUCAAAGACGUUAUAACAGCAGUGAAUGGUGAUCAUUUGUACGACAGAUCCAACGCUGACGUUGUUGGUUUUCGUGCUAGCAAAAGACGACUUCAAUAUUUCCCGAAAGGUUUGGCGAACUAUUUUGAUGCGGAUAAAAUUGAAUUUAUUGCCGUUUGGGAAACCGGAUUAAAGGAAAUUCAUCAAAGUGAUUUGUCGCCGUUUACGAAAUUGAGAAUUCUGAGCUUGUGGAUAAAUGAUGUUGAGGUAAUUGAACGUGACCUGCUCAAGUUCAAUCCACAUCUAGAGUACAUUGGGUUGGGAAAGAAUAAAAUCAAGUUUGUCGAUGGUAACGUUUUUGGUCAUUUAAAUGCGCUGCGCUCAUUGUAUAUCGAUGACAACAUGUGCAUUUCGAGACAAGUAGCAGAUAAUAGAGAGGCAGUUGUGGAUCUGUUACAAGAAAUUCAACAAAGAUGUUCGGGUUCCAAUGGCACAGCACCUGCAGGCGAUUCAAAUUUCGAAAUCACUUGCCGUUAUGAAACAGAAACAGAUUGGUGGGCCAUAAACAACGUGUACUUUUGCGAUUUGCAGUAUGGUGUUGAAACUCUCAAACUCGAAGACGUUAUAACAGCAGUGAAUGGUGAUCACUUGGACGACAGAUCCAACGCUGACGUUGUUGGUUUUCGUGCUAGCAAAAGACGACUUGAAUAUUUCCCGAAAGGUUUGGCGAACUAUUUUGAUGCGGAUAAAAUUGAAUUUAUUGCCGUUUGGGAAACCGGAUUAAAGGAAAUUCAUCAAAGUGAUUUGUCGCCGUUUACGAAAUUGAGAAUUCUGAGCUUGUGGAUAAAUGAUGUUGAGGUAAUUGAACGUGACCUGCUCAAGUUCAAUCCACAUCUAGAGUACAUUGGGUUGGGAAAGAAUAAAAUCAAGUUUGUCGAUGGUAACGUUUUUGGUCAUUUAAAUGCGCUGCGCUCAUUGUAUAUCGAUGACAACAUGUGCAUUUCGAGACAAGUAGCAGAUAAUAGAGAGGCAGUUGUAGAUCUGUUACAAGAAAUUCAAGAAAAAUGUUCGGGUUCCAAUGGCACAGCACCUGGAGGUGAUUCCAAUCUCGAACUCACUUGUCGUUACGAUACAGAAACAGAUUGGUGGGCCAUAGACGACGUGUACUUUUGCGAUUUGCAGUAUGGUGUUGAAACUCUCAAACUCAAAGACGUUAUAACAGCAGUGAAUGGUGAUCACUUGGACGACAGAUCCAACGCUGACGUUGUUGGUUUUCGUGCUAGCAAAAGACGACUUGAAUAUUUCCCGAAAGGUUUGGCGAACUAUUUUGAUGCGGAUAAAAUUGAAUUUAUUGCCGUUUGGGAAACCGGAUUAAAGGUAAUUCAUCAAAGUGAUUUGUCGCCGUUUACGAAAUUGAGAAUUCUGAGCUUGUGGAUAAAUGAUGUUGAGGUAAUUGAACGUGACCUGCUCAAGUUCAAUCCACAUCUAGAGUACAUUGGGUUGGGAAAGAAUAAAAUCAAGUUUGUGGAUGGUAACGUUUUCGGUCAUUUAAAUGCGCUGCACUCAUUGUAUAUCGAUGACAACAAGUGCAUUUCGAGACAAGUAGCAGAUAAUAGAGAGGCAGUUGUAGAUCUGUUACAAGAACUUCAACAAAAAUGUUCGGAUUCGUAUGGCACAGCACCUGGAGGCGAUUCAAAUUUCGAAAUCACUUGCCGUUAUGAAACAGAAACAGAUUGGUGGGCCAUAAACAACGUGUACUUUUGCGAUUUGCAGUAUGGUGUUGAAACUCUCAAACUCAAAGACGUUAUAACAGCAGUGAAUGGUGAUCACUUGGACGACAGAUCCAACGCUGACGUUGUUGGUUUUCGUGCUAGCAAAAGACGACUUGAAUAUUUCCCGAAAGGUUUGGCGAACUAUUUUGAUGCGGAGAAAAUUGAAUUUAUUGCCGUUUGGGAAACCGGAUUAAAGGAAAUUCAUCAAAGUGAUUUGUCGCUGUUUACGAAAUUGAGAAUUCUGAGCUUGUGGAUAAAUGAUGUUGAGGUAAUUGAACAUGACCUGCUCAAGUUCAAUACACAUCUCGAGUACAUUGGGUUGGGAAAGAAUAAAAUUAAGUUUGUCGAUGGUAACGUUUUUGGUCAUUUAAAUGCGCUGCACUCAUUGUAUAUCGAUGACAACAAGUGCAUUUCGAGACAAGUAGCAGAUAAUAGAGAGGCAGUUGUAGAUCUGUUACAAGAAAUUCAACAAAAAUGUUCGGGUUACAAUGGCACAGCACCUGGAGGCGAUUCAAAUUUCGAAAUCACUUGCCGUUAUGUUACUGAAACAGAUUGGUGGGCCAUAAACAACGUGUACUUUUGCGAUUUGCAGUAUGGUGUUGAAACUCUCAAACUCAAAGACGUUAUAACAGCAGUGAAUGGUGAUCAUUUGUACGACAGAUCCAACGCUGACGUUGUUGGUUUUCGUGCUAGCAAAAGACGACUUGAAUAUUUCCCGAAAGGUUUGGCGAACUAUUUUGAUGCGGAGAAAAUUGAAUUUAUUGCCGUUUGGGAAACCGGAUUAAAGGUAAUUCAUCAAAGUAAUUUGUCACCGUUUACGAAAUUGAGAAUUCUGAGCUUGUGGAUAAAUGAUGUUGAGGUAAUUGAACGUGACCUGCUCAAGUUCAAUCCACAUCUAGAGUACAUUGGGUUGGGAAAGAAUAAAAUCAAGUUUGUGGAUGGUAACGUUUUCGGUCAUUUAAAUGCGCUGCACUCAUUGUAUAUCGAUGACAACAAGUGCAUUUCGAGACAAGUAGCAGAUAAUAGAGAGGCAAUUGUAGAUCUGUUACAAGAAAUUCAACAAAAAUGUUCGGGUUACAAUGGCACAGCACCUAGAGGUCACUCUAAUCUCGAUAUUCGUAAAUAAUGAAAAUUAUUUGUCACUGUGGAGUAUAUUUUUUCGAACAUUUGUGCCAAUACCAAGUCUGAAGUUAUCGGGUUCCGAAUAUGUAACUUUAUGUAAUAAUUUGAAACAACAACCCUGCAAUAAAUGUAUAUUUUUAAGAA